AUGGAGGACACAGAAACGGUCACGCUUCCUGCGCCCGUACCCCACACAGCAGGAGACACGCUGGCCGAGGGUUCUUUCUAUCCGCUGCAGAAACACGAAGAGUACGUCGCUCCCAAUUACUCGCUAUCCCAAGAAUCGAAACAACUUGUCCGAGAGAUGCAACAGCCGGCUUUCGCUUCGAAUCCGACAAUGGUGCACAUGUUUUACAACCAACGUCUGGAAGCGGUCGAGGAAGAGGCGAAAUCCGAGCGACAAGCUCGGGUCAAGGCAGAAAAACGGCAGGCUGAGCUUCGAAGAGAAGUGUCCGAAAUAGAGAACCGUCUCGUGGAAGCCGAGCGCAACGAACAGUCUCUUCAAGAAAUUCUCAAAAGGAAGGAGAAUGAAACGCUCAAGAUGAGGAAAGAUCUCGAGGAGAUAAAUCUUCAAUUCGAGCAGAGCACGUCCGCUUUGCGUAGGAAACACCACGAGGAGAUGCACGACCUCACUGACCAGAUUGAACAGCUCAAUCGAUUAAAAGCCAAGAUCGAGAAAGAAAAAUCGGGACUUAAUUCCGAAGUUACGAAUUUGACUCAACUCCUCGAUCAUCACACGAAACAACAGGCUCAACUCGAACGUCAAGUGAAGUCGCUGAGCCAACAAAAUAAUGACCUCCAGCUCCGUUUGGAUGAAGCCAAUCGAGUGGUUAAUGAUUUGAACACAUCCAAGCAAAAACUGGCUUCAGCCAAAGUCGAACUCGAAGACCGUCUGGCCAAGUCUGAAAACAUGUGCAGCGAACUCGGAAAGGCGAAAGGCGCCUUGGCUUGCGAGGCAGAAGACGCCAAGAGGAGGGCCGACCAGGAAAGCAGGGAACGGGCUGCAGCCGAAGGACGUCACAGAGCCGCCGAGCAUUCCGUGCACAAUAUGCAAGUUUCGCUUGAGGAAGCGGAAACAGCAAUCCAGGAUCUCCAGCGACACUUAGCGAAAUCCCAGGAGGAACUAGAACAUUGGAGAAUCAAAUACAAUGAUUUGAUCAUUCAUACUAUCCCCCCGCUGGAAGAAGAGAACAAAAAACUCGCCGUGAAACUCCACGAAAGCGAGCAGCUCGUGGAGCACCAGGACGCGAAGAUCUCGAAUCUCGAGAAAGUUCGUUCGCAGUUGCAACACGAGCUGGAAGAUAGUAACGCACGAUGUGACAAACUUCGGAACGAUUGUAUCGCCUACGAGAAGAAACAGAAGGCCUUCGAUAAGAUCAUCGCAGAAUGGAAAGUUAAAGUGGAAGAUCUAGCGGCCGAGCUAGAUGCCUCCCAAAAGGAAUGCCGGAACUACUCAACGGAGCUCUUCAAGACGAAAGCUGCCUACGACGAAGCGCUCGAGCACAUCGAAGCUCUCAAACGGGAGAACAAGAAUCUCCAGGACGAACUGAAGGAGGUUCUGGAUCAGUUGGCGGAGGAAGCUCGAACGAUUCAGGAACUGCAGGCAACACGAAAAAGAGUAGAAAACGAAAGAGACGAUGCUAUCGCUGCCUGCGAGGAAGCCGAAGCGACCAUCGAGCAGCAAGAAAACAAGCUUUUGCGGGCCGAGCUCGAGAAGGAACAAAUCCGCCAGGAUUGCGCGAGACGCUUGCAGGAGAAGGAAGAACAAUUCAACGAGGUUCGCAAGAACUUCCAAAAAGCACUGGAUCAACUACAAGCCGCACUCGAGUCGGAGGCUCGUGGCAAAGCCGAGGCUUUGCGACAGAAGAAAAAACUCGAAAUCGACCUCAGCAAGCUCGAAAUUGAGCUCGACAACGCCAACAAAGCGAUAUCUGAAGCGCAGGCCACGAUAAAACGAUACCAAGACACCGUUCACGAAUUACACAACACUCUCGAGCAAGAGCAGAUCGCGCAUGACGAAGCACGCAAGGCAUACACGGCUGCCGAGCGCCGUUAUAACCAGACACGUUGCGAACUCGAGGAAACAAAACAGCUGUAUGACCAGUCCGAACGCGGGAGAAAAGCUGCCGGAGCAGAAGUAGAGGAGCUCCGAAACCAAGCGAACGAAAACGCCGCCCUCAUCGCCACUCUCUCGCUGCAGAGGAGGAAACUCGAAGGAGAGUUGGUUGCUCUGCAGGGAGACCUCGAGGAGACGAUUGUCGCGCUGAGGAAUCAAGAGGAGAUUUCAAAGAAAGCCAUGGUGGACUGUGCGCAGCUAGCGGAUAGUCUCGCUCAGGAACAGAAUCAUUCGUCUCAAAUGGAGAAGCAAGUUAAGAACAUCGAGCAUCAGAUGCGCGAACUCCAACAACGACUCGACGACGCUGAAGCCGCUGCUCUGGCCGCCGGGAGGAAACAGAUCGCCGCGCUUGAGGCCAAGUGUCGCGAGGCCGCUGUCGACUUGGAGAACGAGAAGAGGAGACACGCGGACACUGCGAAAAACUAUCGAAAAGACGAGCGACGCAUCAAGGAGCUCAUGUUUCAGGUUGAAGAGGAUCAAAAACACCACCAGCGACUCCAGGACGUUGUAGAGAAGAUGCAACAUAAACUCAGGGAAUAUCAGCGACAGAUCGAAGAAGCAGAGGAAAUUGCAUCGAUGAACAUUGCGAAGUACCGCAAGUGUCAGCAGGAACUCGAAGAUUCCGAAGCUCGAGCCGCUAGUGCCGAAAAUAAUUUGGCCAAGUUCCGCGCACGUCAGGCGCAGCGAGGCCAAAGUCCAGAACUUUGAAAAUGAAGAAUUCGAAAUCGUUGGAGCGGCCCUCGUCACGAUAAAUAAUUGUCAAAGACGUUCAGACGUCAGGGCGACUGCGUAACGCUUCCCGCUUCUAUUUUCUCGCAGCUAAUAUGAAACGA